CCAAAUCAGCCAACGAUGGUCUCAAAAGGGAGCGAUUCUUCCUCUAAAUCCAGAAAAUCACAUGGAGAAUACUCUUGUGGCGGCGUUGGAAACUUGACACAUAAGUUAAAUCAGCUUAAAAGGCAAAUUCAAGCAGAAAGAACAGCUUCGGUAAAGGAAAAAGUCGAGAAGAAUAAAAAGAAGCUUGAGAGUCAUGUUACGGAGAUUUUGUCAGCUACAUCAAGUAGGAAUGUUCCGUGUGCGGAGGACAAUGGAUUUUGUAAAAUGCUUUCUGCAAGAAUCCAAAUUCCUUUAUGUAAGCUUGCCGGAUUUGCUCAAGGGUCAGGAGGAGACUAUGCUAAUGGUCAUGAAGUUGUAUCUUCAACAAGUGUCAAGCUUCCGUAUGUUGAGAAGUUGCCACCAUAUACGACAUGGAUAUUCCUGGACAAAAAUCAGAGAAUGGCUGAAGACCAAUCUGUUGUUGGAAGGAGACGUAUAUACUACGACCAACACGGCAGUGAAGCUUUGAUCUGUAGUGAGAGUGAGGAAGACAUUGCUGAGCCCGAGGAAGAACAACAUGAAUUUUCUGAAGGUGAAGAUCGUCUUUUGUGGAAUGUCUGUCAGGAGUAUGGUCUAGGUGAGGAAAUAUUGACGUCUGUCAGCCAGUUUUUGGGAGUCACCAGCUCUGAGAUCCAGGAUCGGCAUGGCUUGCUCAGAGACAAAUACAGUGACCAGAACAUUCAAGAUUCUGUAUCUGAGAAGGGUAUAUUUUUGGACAAGAGCCUCAGUGCUGCCUUAGAUUCUUUUCAUAACCUCUUUUGCCGCCGCUGCUUGUUAUUUGAUUGUCGUCUUCAUGGUUGUUCCCAAUCUUUAAUUAACCCUAGUGAAAAGCAACCAUAUUGGUCCGAAUACGAAGAUGACAGGAAGCCUUGCAGCGAUCAAUGUUACCUCCGGUUAAGAGCUGUCAAAGAUGUGGCAGAAGGUUCAGGUGUCAAAGCAUUGCAUGGAGUGAAAACUGCAACUUUAGAAGAGAAAGACCUGGCUGUGUCAUCUGAUGCCAAAGAGAAAAAGACUAUUGCUGAUGCAGAUCUCAAGCAAGAUGACAGAGGAGAAGAAAGGCUUGUUGGGUUAGAAGGUAUUAAUGACUCAGAAUGUGCUGGUGAAGCUCGAACUUUGGUGAUAUCUUCCAUACCAAUGGAUAACCAUGAAAGUUCUGGAAAGCGGAAAGCCUCCCAAGAACCAUUAGAUGAUCCACUACACUGUUCUGAUGGCAGCCAGGAUUUUGCAAGUAAGAAAAAGAAGACGUUACUGGUUUUGGAUGUAGCCACAAAGUCUUCUGAAGCUAUUCCAAGUCAUGCCGGUGAUGAAAGUAGUAAAAGUAGGAAUGAUGAUGUUGGCACUCUUAAUGAAAAUGAAGCUCAAAUUACAGCCAAAAACAACAAAAAUGAAUAUGGUGAAAGGGGAUUGGAAAUUUUUACUUGUCCUGCUAGUGCUUCCAAGACCAAUGAUAAGAUAGGGAAUGAAGGCAAAGAUGUUACAGAGGUGCCUGAUUUGAAGUGGUCUUCUUCCGAAUGGAACCCCAUCGAGAGAGAAUUGUAUUUGAAGGGAGUGGAGAUCUUUGGGAGAAACAGUUGCCUUAUAGCCAGGAAUUUACUCUCUGGUUUGAAGACUUGCAUAGAGGUAUCAAGUUACAUGUGUGAUGGUGGAGCGUCAACACUUAAUAGGUCCAUCAUGACAAGUUCAUUUUUGGAAGAAAAUGGGAAAUCUGAAUCAGAUUAUAUGGAGCAAGAGAUGUCAACAAGACCAAGAUUGCUUCGUAGAAGGGGUAGAACACGGAAACUUAAAUAUUCUUGGAAAUCAGCUGGCCAUCCUUCAAUUUGGAAAAGAAUUGUAGAUGGAAAAAAUCAAUCUUGCAAGCAAUACACGCCGUGUGGAUGCCAGUCGACGUGUGGAAAGCAAUGCCCUUGUCUUCACAAUGGAAUUUGCUGCGAAAAGUACUGUGGAUGCUCGAAGAGCUGCAAAAAUCGGUUCAGGGGAUGCCACUGUGCAAAAAGUCAAUGCAGAAGCCGCCAGUGCCCUUGUUUUGCUGCUGGGCGUGAAUGUGACCCAGAUGUUUGCCGGAAUUGUUGGGUUAGUUGUGGUGGGGAUGCGUUGGGCGAGCCACCAAAACGAGGAGAUGGUCAGUGUGGAAACAUGAGGCUUCUUCUAAGGCAACAGCAGAGAAUCCUCUUGGCAAAGUCUGAUAUUGCAGGAUGGGGAGCAUUUCUAAAAAAUUCUGUCAACAAAAAUGAUUAUCUUGGAGAAUAUACCGGCGAAUUGAUCUCCCACAGAGAAGCAGACAAACGAGGGAAAAUUUAUGAUCGUGCAAAUUCAUCUUUCCUUUUCGACUUGAAUGAUCAGUAUGUCCUUGACGCUUACCGCAAAGGAGACAAGUUGAAAUUCGCAAACCACUCUUCUAACCCAAAUUGCUAUGCCAAGGUAAUGUUGGUGGCUGGGGAUCAUCGAGUAGGAAUCUUCGCCAAGGAACGCAUCGAAGCUAGUGAAGAGCUCUUUUACGAUUAUCGCUAUGGUCCAGAUCAAGCACCUGCAUGGGCUAGGAAACCCGAGGGUUCCAAAAGGGAUGAAACAUCAGCCUCUCAAGGUAGAGCAAAGAAACACCAGUCUCAUUGAAGCACCGUUACGUCGACCAGUUUAGCACGUUUUCUAUCAUCAGUUAUUUACUAUCAUCGCCUUCGGAGAAGGCGUCAUUGUAUGUGCAUAGUCAGUUGCAUAAGUUGGUCCUCAAGUUACGAGGGAUCAAGAAAUAAAAGGUAAAAAUAAUUGCCUCGGCAGCAAGCUAGGUAUCUAACAAUACAUAUGGGUGCUAGAAAGCAUGUUGUUAUUAUAGAAAUAAUAGAAGUUCCAAAAUGGUCGACUCUGUUAA